AUGGCGACCCACAAUGUCGAUGCCGUGCUUCCUAUCACAGAAUGUACGGUAGACAGGUACCACGUACACAGUACCGACGUUCUUGAGGAUGCCCGGGUCAAUGUUACUGAAGAGGACUCCGCCACGGUUAUCUGGUACAAGGAAAGGUUCCUCACCGAUGAUGAGAUCAUUGAGCAUAUUGUGCAUAAUCCUACAUCAACAAUAUGUUGGACAAUACAUCGACCGAAGCGUGGCUGGUAUAUCAAGAUUCGAUCGUGUCAGUUUCCACCGGGUGUAUUCAUUCCGCUGACACCGGUGCUGCCGACGUCGCCCCAUCAUGUCGACGCGGCGCUGUCGUUUCUCAGUCGAACGAACAUACCGUCUCCUAGAGAACCGGGAGAGGCUUUUACAUUCCAAGAAGGCUCGUCGUCGUCAACGGUCCAUUCUUAUCCCCCAACACCGCCACCUCCACCACCGCCAGCAUCUUCGUCACCACCUUCAUCUAUGAAAUCAGAAGAGUAUUUCGGAAGGUCGAAGCAGAAACCACAAAUUUCCGAGUUUAUCCUCGCACCCCAUUCGUCACAGCAUGUAGAAACGACCGAAGACAGUUCAAUUUUCGUUCGUGCCUUCGCAGCGCUGCGGAAUCACAAACCGUCGCACUCAAAUUCAUUUACUCUGUCGCGCGUCUUACAGCCGCCGGUAUCCCCGCCCCCCUAUGCACCUGCCUCCGUAGAUCCAGUGCCUGCACCUACUACUGAGCGCCCGAAAUCAAUUCUGUGUCCGCCUUUACUGGUAUUCCAUGAUCGGACGCCCGUCUACUCAGUCGCAUCCUUUACGGGCACAAUUGAGAUCGAUAAGGCCGAAGAACGAUUGGUUGGCGUAGACACGAGCUUCUGGAUCGCAAUCGCCUUGACGUAUCUGGAAUUCCUUGCAGAACGAGAGAGUUAUCUGGCGGCAUUGAGUGAUUAA